GGGUCAGGUUUCCCCUUUUGUGUGUUUUGCUUCCUUUCCUUGAUUACCAUUCAAUGGCAUCGCCGUUAAAAUCCAAUAACAAUGCACCACGGCCAGACAUCAGCGCCAUCCAGCAAAGUUCAAAUGCACAUACCCCUGGGUCAUGGCAGUACCAGUUGACAGAGUCCAUGCUCAUGCAUAAUACUGGAGGUCAGGACAUGGGCACUGGAUCAGUACGUUCCAAACAUGAGCCUCCACAGCCAUCAGAAGAAAGCAAUGAGAAGAUUGCAGAAGAAAAUGUUCAAGCCCCUAGAGACGAACACAACAACGACAUGUACGAUAUUUCAAACCCACAACGAUUCAGUCGCUAUAUUGACAGACGGUUCGCCCCCAUCAGCGACGACGGCCGCUCCCAUAAACCAAUACGGCCAUUUUCAGAUUAUGAGGAAGAAGACGAACCGAAAGCAGCACGUAUUCCAUAUGGCUCUGUCCUGUUCUUAAUAGGUUUCGUUUGUCCGCCAAGUUGGUGGAUAGGUACCUUUUACCCUUUUACAUGUUUCCAAACGGAACAGAAAAAUAUACCCAAGAUUGAGCGACGAUGGCGCUCAGCAAAUCGUGUCAUGACAGCACUUUCAAUUCUACUCAUCGCAGUUCUUCUCGGCAUCAUGGGAUGGUAUAUCAGCACGUACAAAUAGUAAUAGUAAACAUAAAGAGCAUUGUUAUAAUAAAGUAAUUUUUUGAUCAUCUGUUUUUUCCACGCGUCCUAA